GGGUGAGGGAGCAGGGGAAAGCAAACAACUGGUCAAGAGCUACAGAACUGUGCGGUAUAAGUAAACUUGCAAUAUAUACGCCAGCAGCCAUAGCAUGAACUGACGGAAGAAACCCAUUGCUUUGCCGAUCACCAGCAACAGCGAACUUGCGCACAACACGGACUGUAGAUGCCACGCAGUGAUGGGCCGCAGUGGAAAUAGCACCAUCCCUAAUUACACACUGUCUUAUGAAUAUUAUUUUGAUUAUGUGGAUCCUCUUCCAUUUGAUGAACGAGAACUCAAGGCCAGUAAGUAUUCAAUCAUCAUCGCCGUGUGGGUCGGCCUGGCCGCCUUUUCUGUAUUUCUGUUCCUCAUUUUGCUGUACAUGUCCAGGACAGACUCCGUCCGAACAAAGUACACGGCUAGAAGAAAUCGUUUGACAAGUGCGGCUGACAACGUGGAAGCCCUGGAAGGAAUUGAGGAACAUCAGCGAUGCACCAGCUAAUAUCAGAGGACUACAAGAGUAAAUGGGUGAAGGGAGAGUUCAAAAAAGUGGGUACCCAAUGGAUCAAUAUGGAUUUCACAUGAUUUUUGGAGUCUUCAAGAUUGGAGACCGGUUGCGGUUCCAGAUUUGCCUCUGCUUCAGCCUCAAUUUUCUUCCUAAGCCGCCGUGGGCCUUGUUGUCUGAACUUCUCUUUAAUGGUGUCUGCAAAAUGGUAUUAGGAUAGAAUCACAUUAUUCCAGUGAUGUCACAUACUACUUAUGCUUCAGUCAAUGUCUUGCAUACAUCCGUUUCUUUUUUAGUAACGCUGAUAACCUAAAAGUUACUUAUAGAGCAGGUAAAACUACUAAGUGACAUACAAAGUCGCUGUAUUAUUUAGCUGAAUAAUAUGCAAGAAAUAACUGGAAUUCUUGAACGGAGCUAUAGCAAUAUGUUAUGUUCGGAGGGAGGAGCUUCUCUAUAUAAUAAGCAGUGUAUGACAGCUUGGAGUAGAGAAAGACAGUGGAUAGGUGGAGUCAUACACAGUGCCAGGAGCCAAUGAUAUUACAGUAUCUAGUGAUAAGACGCAGAAGCAAUUUUAUCUGUCACGUCGACAGUCACAGACUGAUCCAUCACUGCCACAGGGACCAGCAAGAGAAAAUCCAUUCCGCAAAUGUACAGGACAGAUGUUCUCAGUUACAGCUGCGUGGGGAUGGGGAUGGAUGAGGCUGGCAAUGUUGCAUAGGAGAAAGCCCAGUGGGAUGCCACAUUGCCAGGUAUGUGAUUAAACUGUGUUGCAGCAGUUUUGCUGCAAUUACGUAACUGGGUGUGCUUGAGGCACUUUUGUCCAAUCAGACGCAGGCUGCAUCAGUCAUCUACAUUACUAUGCAACUUACACCACAGUUUUACAACCUGCAAGUCCAGCCCUACCCGGCAAAGUGGUCGCGUCUGUUCGGCAGACAUUUUGGUUGUGGUUUGCGACUGUACACCCGCACCAUGCCUUUGCUGUACUUUAACAGCAUCUGCACACCCAUUCCAACCCCUAUCCUGGCCCCAUAGUCGUGUACACAGUCUCAAGUCCUGUUUAUGGCUGGAAAAAAGGUACAUCGCAAAGAAAAGGUGCUUUUACUGUUGUGAUAUACAGUACUAACAGUACUUUGUUAUUUAAAUAUAAACACUAUAUACACACACACACACACACACACACACACACACACACAGUUAUCUUUGUUUGAGAUUAACUUUUUCCUUACCAGACCUUCAUUCAUAAAAAUUCAAAAACCAGCACUCAUGAUUCAGUUGAAAGCAGAAGAGGAUUUAUUCUUCAAUAUUCUUCAGCCCCUGAAGAAAAUCUGUAUGCGUUGAAACAGCAGUCGGGCCACAGUUGUUGGAUGCAUCACUAAAAAAUACUCUUCUGCUUUCAACUGAAUCGUGAGUGCUGAUUUUUGCAUUUUUUCUCUUUAGGAAAGUGAGUGAUAUUAUAUAUAUCUAUACAGGUUGAGUAUCCCAUAUCCAAAUAUUCCGAAAUACGGAAUAUUCCGAAAUACGAACUUUUUUGAGUGAGAGCGAGAUAGUGAAACCUUUGUUUUUUGAUGGCUCAAUGUACACAAACUUUGUUUAAUACACAAAGUUAUUAAAAAUAUUGUAUUAAAUGACCUUCAGGCUGUGUGUAUAAGGUGUAUAUGAAACAUAAAUGUAUUCUGUGCUUAGACUUAGGUCCCAUCACCACGAUAUCUCAUUAUGGUAUGCAAUUAUUCCAAAAUACGGAAAAAUCCGAUAUCCAAAAAUACCUCUGGUCCCAAGCAUUUUGGAUAAGGGAUACUCAACCUGUAUAUAUAUAUUUUUAGUCCAGCAGGAUGAAACGCGUUGGCCUUCCCAAACUCUUGCCCUUACUUAAAGAUAAGAUACUUUUGUACUAUUAUACUUUUAUUAGAUUGUUAUUUGUCUUAAUAAAUGGAUGUCAUAUUUUUAUUCUA